GGCUGCCGAGCCAACAAAGGAGUCAAGGCCCCGGGCGCUUACUACUACGAGACAACAGUUCUAGAGGAUGGUCCGGUACGUGUCGGUUGGGCCACCAAUGGUGCCUCCUUGAACCUUGGUGAAGAUGAUCUGGGCAUCGUUUUUGGCACCGAGGACGGUUCCACCCGCGGUCUCGUCACUUUCAACGGUGAUCAGUUUGAUUUCGGUGCAGAAGUGAGGAAGGGUGAUGUGAUUGGCUGUUACAUAGACUUCGAUCACGGUGUUGCCACGUGGAACUGCAAUGGAGCCGAGGGGGCACAGCCUGUACGUAUACCCGACCGACUCCUCAACGAAUCCUUCUUCCCGGGUAAAUUUCAGCCAUUUUCCGUAACUAUUUGUUUCCUUUCUAUCCAAUGUUGA